AUGAUAAUCUAUGACGGUGAAAAAUACGCCUGUGUCUCGUGCAUUCGAGGACAUAGGUCCACGACCUGCAAACACAGUAAUCGAAUGCUUGUUAAAGUUCGUACAAAGGGUCGUCCCUCUGCCAAAACAGUACGAAAAGUUAUCCUGGUCGACGCCAGCUCCCAAGUAGAAGGUAGCCCCCCUCCUGAAGUGAGAGGGUUCGAAUGCCAUUCGGCUUCGUCGGCAAGAUCGCCCCGAGCUUGCUCCAAAAUGAACAAACAGCCAAUUCUAUUUCUCCGAGCUAAAAGUACGCAGAAGGCCUUUCUGGUUGAUGGGGCGCUCAAAAUUGUGAUAGAAGAUAAAACUACAUCUCUGCCCGACGGGGAAAUGAAACUCGUCUCCGAAAGAGAAUAUCUUCUCAACCAUUUAAAAGUGCCUUCGUCAGCAGACGUGGCUGAACAAGCGCUGCAGACGCAUACGGCACAUUGCCACGACCACUCCUAUUCCACAAACACAGCUGAGUCACAUCCACCACCCUGUCACUCGAGACUGUCCAAGGAGGAUGUAAACGCCAAAAAUGACUAUCCGGGUCUCGAGCCCCACAUCAGCGACCACCACGCGUCCACUGUUAACAAAGAUCCCAGUGCAAAUCGUCUAGACAUUCCGUUGGAGAUGGAUUAUACUACUGCUUCAGAGUUUCAAAAUAACUCCUUCGUAGAGCUCUUCACACCCAAGGGAGUCUAUCUUAGUACCAAAUGCAACUGUGAUGACAACAGCUGUCCCUGCGUUAAUUGCCUCAUUCACCGUAAAGAAGAAGAAAUCGAGAGUUAUGUGAAACAAAGCGGGGUGCCUUUAUCAAACGUGGGAAACGGUCGGAUCAGUCUUGCGGAUGACCAUUUUCAUCAGGACACUGUUGUUUGCAAAAUGCCUGCUUCUCACUGCGACGCAAGUGACUGCGUCUCGCACCCUAAGGAAAUUGUCCCCUUUAACAACAUCUUAUUAUAUGGAUUAUUGAAUGUACCACUGGGACCCACAACCCUUAUUCAAUACAAGCAAAAAUUGAUACCAUCAAGAUACUGGUGGACACUUCUAAAAGAAGAAAUGCCAUUCAUGACACAGGAACAAAUUUCGAACAUAGAUCUGAUACAAUGGUUCGAGGACCUGAUACACUCAAUUGGAAUGCAGGAUCCAAUUCAGUAUGGUGAAAAAUGCUCGAACAAGCAUAGUAUUGGGCUGCUUACAAACGCAUAG